GCAUGGUGUCGGACUUCUUCUACCCCAACAUGGGGGGCGUGGAGAGCCACGUGUACCAGCUGUCGCAGUGCCUCAUCGAGCGCGGCCACAAGGUCCUGGUGGUCACCCACGCCUACGGCCACCGCAAGGGCGUGCGCUACCUCACCAACGGGCUCAAAGUCUACUACCUGCCGCUGAAGGUGAUGUACAACCAGUCCACGGCCACCACGCUGUUCCACAGCCUGCCCUUGCUCAGGUACAUCUUCGUGCGGGAGAGGGUCACCAUCGUCCACGCCCACAGCUCCUUCUCUGCCAUGGCCCACGACGCCCUGUUCCACGCCAAGACCGUGGGGCUGCGGACGGUGUUCACCGACCACUCGCUCUUCGGGUUCGCCGAUGUCAGCUCGGUGCUGACCAACAAGCUGCUGACGGUGUCCCUGUGUGACACCAACCACAUCAUCUGCGUCUCCUACACCAGUAAGGAGAACACGGUGCUGCGAGCGGCCUUGGACCCUCGGAUAGUCUCUGUCAUCCCCAACGCUGUCGAUCCCACCGACUUCACCCCAGACCCGUCAAGGAGGGAUGACAGGACAGUAACAAUUGUGGUUGUCAGUAGGCUUGUUUACAGAAAAG